CGUAUCAAAACAUCGCUCUUGGUUUCCCAGUUCAGUCAGAGAUGGAACAAAGAUGGCGGCCUUGACAGGCGCCCAAGUGAGACUUGAGCAAAGACUCAAGGUGAAAUUAGGGGAGGCGAAAAAUUUAUCUCCUCGGAGCCAUGGCAGUGUGGGUGUCCGGGACGUCUACUGCGUAUUGUCUCUUGACCAGGAGCAAAUUUUCAGAUCAGCUACCAUUGAAAAAACUCUUGACCCAUUUUUUGGUGAAGAGUUCCAAUUUGACAUUCCAAGAGAGUUCAGAUUCCUGUGUGUGUACGUGUAUGAUCGUGACCGACCAAUGAAGACAGACAAGAUUGUAGGUAAAGUCUCCAUCAAGAGAGAAGAUCUCAGUAAACAAAAUGGCAAAGACCAAUGGCUUGCCAUCACUCCUGUUGAUGCUGACUCUGAAGUCCAGGGGAAAGUUCAUGUCCGCAUCCAACUGAAAAGCUUGAGACACAUGAACGAUGCUGCUCCUCAGCCUAUGGUUGAAGUCAAGAUUGAGGAGUGCAGCGACCUGUGUAUUGUGAACGGCUCGUGCGAUCCAUAUGCCCAGGUGACCAUGCAUUACUCCAACAAGAAACAAGAGAACAAAAGAACUAAAACAAGGAAGAAAACAGUCGCUCCACACUUCGAUGAAACUUUCUUUUUUGAGUCACCGGGUGGACGACAUCACUCAGGGGACGGCAGCUGCACUUACAAUGUUGGUGGUGGAGCUGUCAAUGGCAACAGCCUUUACUCUGAGGAGGUUGCUGGCUUCCAGUGCCUACAAGUGGUGUUAUGGCACGAGUCUGCGGGCAUGUUUGGGAACGUCUUCUUGGGAGAGCUGAGAAUACCUCUCCAAGGGCUCACUGCUGGCAGAGAAAUGAACGCUUGGUAUUUGCUGCAGCCUCGCGAGGGCGCCGGCGUGCGCCACAGCUCAGGCAGCAACAGCAGCAAGAGCUGCGGGCUUGGGUCCCUGCGGCUCAACAUCCACUACAGCUGCGUCCACGUCUUCCCCAGUCCGCUCUAUGAUAGUCUCCGCUCACUCCUCGUGCAGACCGCCACCGUCCAGCCUGUGAGUGCUUCAGUUGGUUGGCUGGUGGGUGAAAUUUGUGGGAACAACAAACAGGAGGCGGCGGUGCCGCUGAUACGCGUAUUGCUGCAACACAACCAAGCCGUCGCCUUCAUCGCCAACCUCGCCUCGCACGAGAUGCAGCAUGUCUCUGACCCGAACACGAUCUUCCGCGGCAACACACUCGCCUCCAAGUGCAUGGACGAACUCAUGAAGCUUGCCGGCCACCACUACCUCAAGCAGACGCUCAAACCAGUCAUAGACCAGGUAAUACGUGAGAAGAAGCCCUGUGAAGUGGACCCUGCCCGCAUCCCGCCCACUGAGAACAGGGAGACCAACCUAGCCAACCUCUGUGAGUACACAAACGCCAUCCUUCGGUGCAUCAACAAUUCAGCUCUCAGCUGCCCGCCCGUCAUGUGCCAGCUCUUCUCUGAGCUGAGGGAAAACGCCGAUGUUCACUUCCCAAAUCAACGCGAGGUUCGCUACUCCGUCAUAUCGGGCUUCAUUUUCUUGAGAUUCUUUGUUCCUGCAAUCCUGGGACCGAAGCUUUUCGAUAUCACAUCAGAACAAAUCGACCUGGGCACAGUGCGCACUCUGACGCUCAUCUCGAAGACGGUGCAAGGUGUAGGCAACCUCGUGAGCUCCCGCAACUUGCACCACACCUGCAAAGAGGAAUACAUGCGUGAAGUUUUCUCCCUGUGCACCAACAACAAACUUGUUGAUGCCGCUAGAACAUUUUUGGAGAUCAUCUCUUCAAUUCCUAACGGCAAUUUGAAGGCUUACGACACCCCGAUUACACUGCGCGAAGGUGUGAUGAUCAAACGGGCCCAGGGUCGCAAGAAGUUUGGCCUGAAGAAUUUCAAGACCCGGUUUUUCCGUCUCAACACUCGCAGUCUGACCUACGCCAAGAGCAAAGGCAGCGGACCGCUCUGUAUCAUUCCUGUCGAAGAUAUUCUGGCGGUGGAACCCGUUCAGGAGAGUUCUUUCAAGUGCAAGAACAUGUUCCAGCUUGUUCAACCCAAUCGCACUUUGUACAUUCAGGCGGCUAACUGCGUUGAGGAGAAGGAGUGGCUUGACUUGCUCACUAAAGUUUGUCAAUAUAACAAGCACCGCCUGAAGCAGUACCAUCCUGGCGCCUACCUCAACUCCCACUGGCUCUGCUGCAAAGCUACGAGCGAGAACGCGGAAGGCUGCAGCGCCGUCUCCAAUUACUUGGAUGAAGACCUCAACAUUCAAAUCGAUGCUGAGCGAGAAGUGGAGUGCAUCCUGGGCCUCCUGCUGGCUAACCAGCACAAGCUCAAGAGCCUACUCGAGCUGUGCAGCGAUGAGUCGCCCGUUGUCGGGGACUGCAAGCUCGAGGAUCCUAACGCUACGCGCGCUUGCAUCAAGAAGCUCGUGGACGCGAUCACGACCCUGCAGCAGCACCACGUGGCGCACUGCAACGCCCUCAGGAACACCAACAGGCCUGGCUCUAAGCAAGCGCCAAUCGGAGAUGAUAAUUAUCUGAUGCUCACCUCCAAUUUUGGUUACGAAGAAAGCGUCAUAUGGGACACCGGGCAGCAGCACGACCCUAAUGCUGGGCGUCAAAAUCCAACCACUUCUGAUGGCGAGACACAGCUACGAAACCUUACCACCAACGCCACAGCUACAACCGGUGCCCUCACUCUACACGACGCCAAUUCGUUGAAGAACGUCAAUAAUUCGUCAAACUUGACCAUCAGCAAUAUCCGAGACAGUAUUAAAAAGAACGCUAAUAACAACAUUAAACGUUUACUGAAUACUAAGGCUAAUCACACCAUUAGAAGUGAUAACCAAGGACAAUUCUUUUCGGGAAGUGAGCCUGCGUCCAAGAUCGUCAGUGAAUCGAACGAGCUUAGUGACUCUCCCCGUGCACUCGUGCCUUCGUUGUCUGGAUGUGUGGCGCCUGCUCUGGCCACAUGCGUCUCACCUGCUCUUGCCUGUUGCGCCUCAACUGCCGUCACCACGAGCUGCAUCACAACGAGCCGCGUGGCGUCGUCCCUCACGUGUUCAGUCACUCCCAAUUGCGAGGGUGUGUGUAAGAGCAACUCAAAUUUUGAAACAUUUCAUGCUACAAAUUCAGAAACAGAUCAAGUUAAUGUUACACCACCUCAGAGCCAGAGAUCAGAAGUGGGAAGUAACAACAAGCGUAGCAAUGAUGCGGUAGAGCAAUGCCUUGGCACGAUCGCGGAUGCUGUCAAAUCCAGUGCUGAGUUCCUUCACAAAGCUGAAAGAAAUGUCGGUAACUCAAAUGACGACUCGCAAAGUGGAGUUCUCCUUGCCAAAUUUAAGCUAACGAAGCAAAAUUCACUCGAAAACGCUGGAAACAAUAACUAUUCCAGCUACAGUCGCUCUUAUUCGGACUAUUCUAACUGCUCUUUACCUCGCCCGUCUACUAUGACGAGACGUUCUACUCAAACACAUCUCGACUCCUCUAGAAGAAGUCCUGAUUAUGUGAACAUUUCGAGUUUUUCUCACGAUUGCAGUGAUCUGACUACAAUCUUGGCAGAUGACAUGGAUUUAGAUCCUAUGGUAAACGCUCCUGGUGAAAACGGAUCGGAAGCUAUGGAAGUUAGCAGCGACGAAGCUAAUAAGCAUCUUUCUCGACCAACUUCUAUUCAAGGAGCUGCCUCCAAUGACGGGUCCGUUCUGUAUGCCACAGGUGUUGAUCAGAGCUGCCGAACGACGUUCCAGCAGGUCACGUCCGACCUCAAACUUCCCGGUUCCCAAACUCCAUUAAGAGAGAAUUUGAAAUUCGGUACGUCUCCCUUGAAUUCGCUCGUGUGUUCUUCUCAAAGCAGCAGUGACGGAUCAUGUGUGAAUGAAGACGCCAGGACAGCGCAACACACGCCUCUCACGACCCAAGACAAAUGGCAUGCAGACACAUUCGUGUUAUCUGACAACAAAUUUCAACUCGCUGCUAACGUUACUCAUCGUCAAGAAACGUUGGACAACAGAUUAAAUGGCAACGUGCAACGUUUUUCAAUAUGAUAGUUGUACUUCAUCUACUAUAGGAACCUAUUUAUCUAUACUGUUUUCUUUAUUGCCUAAACGUAGGGACGGAAAUAAUGUUAAUAAUUGUUUUUUUUUCAAUUUCCUGAUAUUAGAUUUUUCAGGAAGUCCACGAACGAUACUUAUUAUGUGAAUAAAUAUUGUCUCUUGCAUUGAAGUGAAAAUGAAGACGAAUCAUACACUUAAAAAAAGUGUGAUGAUUCGAUUUGAACGUUCCUCGAUUUGGAAGUUCCGAAAUUUUUCCCGCUUUGAAGGAACAAGCAAGGUUUACAUUUUGUUCGAACUCCACGGAACUGCUGUUCAAGAUACCAUAUGUACCUGAAAUCACUUCUUUGCCAUACCCACAGCACGCCACAGGCUGAGUGAUGCAUAGUUUAGUGUGUGCAGUCUUGGAACUCACAGCUUUAGUUCCCUGAAUAGUAAACUUCGCCUCAGUAUGACAAAAACAAAACAGUUAAAAUACGUUUCCAGAGCUUUAUUUGUUGUUCUGUGUCAGUGCUCAUACACCCGCUCUAUUCCCUCAAUCAAACUUGUGGAGAUAAACAGUGAUUAUAAAUCGUACAGUUUUUGUUGUAUUCUAAAGAUGCUUGAGUUAUUUGACCUCAAUGUGUUGGUUGGACGGAUGGCUUUUAAUGAAGUGGUUCUCCUGUGACUCACUUGGUGAAUUUUAAGUCAAGUAAAUGCUGCUGUACAAUCCAAUGGCUCAACUCGCAGAUUCUCUUCUUUUCCAAUAAGCAUAGUUGAGAUUUUUGUUCUCGUAGCAGUUGCUCUAUCCGUUAAUAUUUCUCACAUAUGUAAUACUCGUGGUUUGAGCAUUCAUCGUAUGAAGUGAAUGGUGAAUAAGUUAAAAAUCAUUUAUUUGUUGAAUUUACUGUAUUUAUUUGGACUACUAUUUUUCGUGAAUGACUCGCUUCAUUUGGAACGAAGAUUUGCAUGUAUGAUUUGACUUUAUUGAGCAACGGAAUGUAUGACGUUUCUCUCGAUAAUUUCUAUUCCGAAAUCAAAUUACCAUUUUAAUUUCAUUUGAUUCUAAAAUUGGUGCUAGCAAAUCUAUUAACAGAAAAUAUAAAAUCAAUGCAAACCAGAUGGAUGACUGAAAUUUCUUAGAAUGAUCACCCUAAAUUUACCUACUUAUUAUGAUUAUGUAGUUAACAUGUUUCUAAAGUUGUACGAUAUUAUCGUCCUCCCUAAUACGAAGAUCUCCAGACUUCUGAUUUGAUGUGACCUCGAGUACAUAUUUCUGCUAUUUAUUCCAUAUUAUCUACGCUCCUUUUAAAAUAAAUACAGAUAUUAUUUUCGCGCUAAGUUACUUCAUAGUUCUAGAAUAAUGGUAAUAUCUACUUCUUUGUUAUGGUCUUUUUUGUACAGUGAAUGUUGGUUCACUUGACUGCGUGUCUUGCUAGUGCAAAACAGUGUCGGCUCUGCUAAUUUAAUGUGCAUGUUUCUCCGCUGCAGCCUCCUCAGUCUCAGCAGAGUGGUGUCAGUUGCAUAGCAUAUUUUUCUAUCAUUAAAUAUUUUUAUUAUAUGAGAUUUCAAUGAUCCAGACGUAUUUUGAAAUUGACGGAUUCCCAUAACAAUCGGGCCUCUUGGUUUGUGCAUUUACAGUUGCUGUUCAUACUGAAGGAUUAAAAUUCUUGCCUGUGUCGCGUUGUUGUCAAUUUUACUGAUUGUUUAUAUCGUAUUUAUUUUAUAGUGCCACGAUCUUCUGACUUGUAAUUUAUUGGCAGGACAAUGAAAACCUGCUGUUCUAUUGAAAUGUAUUCAUGAAUCAUGAAGCUGCUUAUCAUGUUUUAUCUACGAAAAAUUAACUUGUUAUGUGGAAAUAAUGUGAUUGCAAUAUUUCUAACGUGAUACUGUAAUUAAUAAGAUGGAUUAAAACGUUUUUCUUCCCAUUCGUCUGUUUGUAAAUUUGUAGGUACUUAGAAGUAUUUUUUUAUCUCGAUAUAAAUUUUUUAUUUAAAGUCAUGAAAUCACUUGUGCCGGCGCCGGAUAUCUAUUAAUUUCCGUACUUAUAUGUAGCUGAGCCAUGGAAUAUGUGUUAUUAGAACAAAUUUUGUGGAGUUUUCCCUGCACAAAGUAAGUAUGUUGCUGCGCCGGCCGGACGAACGCUGUCACCUCGUGUGCUCAAUGGAGUUAUUGUAAAAAUUAUAGUUUUCCUCGUUCGACUUGUCCUUGAAAUAUUUAAUGUUCUUGUAAGAUGUGAUUUUUUAAUGCCCUAUUAAAGGCAUUUCAUUCAUGUUUCAAAUUUCUUGUGUUACUUUCGUUCACAAACAUCGUUACUCAACUUAUUUGUUAUUGGUCACUUGAAUUUUCCAAUGCCAAGUCCUUUGUUGACUGUUGUUGGAAAAUUUCUGCACUAAAAAUGUUGAUAUUUUAUAAGAUCUUGCCAGGCUCCAAUGUUGCUUUCCAAUGUUACUAUUUUUCGAUUGUUAUCUGCUGAUAUUUGUAGUGCAAUGGGAUGUCAACGCCCGUUAGAAUUCCGUUCGGCUCAAAUUGUGGAUUUUUUAAUAUAAAAAGAUUGUCAUAUUCGAUGGUUAUGAAGUUCAACUCAUGUCCAGAAUAUUUUACUAUCAUUUAGCCGAGUGUUUUUCAAGGCAAAUAUUUCAUUUUUAAGUACUCCUGGGAACGCGGGAAGUACUCCUGGGAACGCGGGAAGUACUCCUGGGAACGCGGGAAGUACUCCUGGGAACGCGAGAAGUACUCCUGGGAACGUGUGAAGCACUCCUGGGAACGCAGCCGGCACUGUGCUCAAUCUUAUGAUGUUACUAGAUUUAUUUCUUUAAUGUGCAUGUGCUCAAAUAUUCACUCAACAAAUGCAUUUAUUUAUGGUUACUUGUGAAAACUCGACGACGCAUCUUUGCUUCACUACUCAAUAUUGAAGUUGAUUGAUUAGACGUGAAUUCCCAGCUCUUGAACACUUGAUAUUGCUUCGUCUUCUGCUCUAUUUAUAUCACUUGUAUGUCUGUUGUCAGCAACAAAAUAUGCCAUUCCUCAUCACUGGUCUCUGUUCUUUCUCAGCUUCUUCAUAAUUUUAGUUUUUUUACCACUUGCGAGUAACUCAUUCUAUCACUCCUGUAAAUUAUUUAAUACUCAUAAGCAAGUAUUUUGUUACGUCUGUUCAACCGUCUGCUAUGUCGUGCCAUUUGAGCGGUAAAAAUUGAUCACAUACAUCAUAUUCCCCAAAAUUAUAUUUUCUCCAUUGGGAAAGAAAAUUUUUCUUUUUCCAUCGAAAUGUACGUAUGAUGCUAGAGCCGGUUAUAAGUACUUAUAGCAUUAGUCUACUUAAAUCAAAAGUUCAGCCAGAAUUUAAAAGCAAAUCAAGCGAUAAGCAAAUUCAUUAUAUCUGUACUGUAACGUUUUGAAGACUAGCUCCAUCAUCAGUUUCAAAAAUUGUGUAGAAUAUAAGUACAAUUGACAGUAGAAAUCUACAACACGAAAGGUUUCAAUCUCUAAAGUAAAUAUUUAGGUUUUUAUUGCUGAUCGUAUUUGUAUUAUUGACAAUUUUGUGAUUGAUGAUGGAGCUGGCCUCCAAAGCGUUUUCAGUGAAGUUCUAGUGAAUUUUCAGAGUACUCUUUUUGCUUCAAAAUUCUUGGAGCCUGGUAUUAUUUGCGUACUCAUUUUUUCCAUUGUAAAAUUUAGUAAUGCAAUUAACCUCAGAAUAAUUCUAGCUUCAUUGUACUUUCAAGCAGUCUAUUCGGUUGGCACUUCAUUCCGCUUUUGGCACUAGCAACAGAAAAUAUGCUUGCGUUGUAUCUUACUGUAUGUACUUAAUAAAUUAUAUGCGUUUUAUGAAGAGUCAGUUCUGUAUUGGAAGUAAGUUCACAUAUCUAUGAUUAUUUGCAUUUAUGUUAAAUGUAAUGAAGUUCGAAAAGUAGCGACAUUAUUUGAUCCAGUGGAAUCGUUGUAAGAUUUUAUUUUUAAUUGAUUAUUGAUGAUGCGCUUGAGGUAAAGUUCUCGAGUCCUGACGUUAUCACGGUUGCUGAACACAUUUGCGUUGUAUGUUCUUGUAUUAUAUGUGUUCACAUGUUCUGCACGCAUAGAAGUUCAGUUGCAUUUCUCCGGACUCGUAUGUGUGUUCAGUUCUUAUUUGCCACUUUCUAUACAGUAUGCCUAUAACAUCAUUUGAUCACAAAUCUCUGUUUGAAAGACGUUUCUUUUUUUUAUAAUUUCAUACUUUUGAUUACGGUAGUUUUGUAAAUUAAGUGUUUUGAGUCUGCUACGUAUUGUUGCGACACCGUAACUACUUGUGUAGUUUCUUUGACAUGUGAGUUCGCAUCACAUGUGUAAAUUAUUCCGCUUGUGGCGUUUACAUGCUGCCCAAUUUUUUUGUUAAUAAUGAUAUGUUGUUCCCAUGUUAAAGGUUAUUGGCGAAUCGUGCAGUUAAUGAGUUACGAACUUUUUGGUAUAAUUUCUAUACGUUAUACUCACUAAGCAUCAGCUUAUUUCUCAAUGCGUGCCAAAAUAUUUUACUUUCAUCAAUCUGUUCGUGAAUUAUACGUGUACAAAUGUU